AAUGUAGCAAGAUUGCUUAUAAGAAAGACUGCAAGACCGAAGAAUUGAAGAGUGAAGAAGUGUCAGCAAGAGCUGUAAUUUGUGUGUAUAGAUGAGUGAGAGUAUGAAUGUAUGUUUGGGGAUUUAGAAUACGAAUCCCAUGUUUGAAAUCAUCAGAGUAAUAAAGGAAUGAACCGUAAAAUUGUUGAAAGUGGGGUUAAUUUAUAAUUUUAAUGAGUUUUACUUCAGAGACAGCUUAAGAGGAGUAAUUUUGCAGAAAUCAAAUUUAAAAAAACCAUGGAUUAUGUGCCGAUGCGUGACCUUUCCGAGUUUUGCGAGAAUCUCAAUGAAAUGAGACUGAGAUUCCACAAAUGGGACAGCUGUGAAAGAACUGUAGCCCUGUACUACUUGAUGGUGGGUCUUCCAUUUUCAAAUGCUAGGUUUUUGCAGCAUGCAUUGGAGCAAUGCAUAUCACAAGUGAGCACACCAGAAACUGUUUCUUUGGAACAGAAUGCAAAUGAUGCAAAAUUUGUAAUGAACCUGUUGUCAGAAAGGCCACAAACAGCACUGACCAUGCUCCUAACACAUUUGCCUCUGCUAAGGCCUGGUAAGAAGGAGACCUCAGAUUCUUAUUUGGUGGUAAUAAAAAAGGUCUUAGCUGAGCUGAUUUCGCCGCCGUUUAAGAUUUACAACGAGUGCGUGGAAAUCAUGUCUUAUGUGUUUGUCCAUCCUGCCUUUGGUAAGGAGGACAAGAAGUCUUUCAAACAGCUGCUGAAGCAGGUUGUUAGUAAAGUAAACCCAGAUAAUUUCGUGCAUUCACCUGUUAAUGAAUCUAGCGAUGAGUCUGUUAGUCCUAACCCAGAACCAGUGGGUAUCAAUAAUCAAGCCUCUGUCAGAUUAAACAGGCGUUCCAAUAGUUUAACCCCUGCUCAGACGAAUUCUCACGAGAAUCUCAUUACCAGACAACCGGAGGCUGAGGUGUGGUCCUCGCAGGAGAACCUCUCAAAUCAGCUAAUCUCGAAACCCCGUAGCUAUUCAUUAUCAAAUGACAAUACUAUUAUAUUACCGCAGAAUAAUUCAUUACAAUUGAGUAGUUCGGAAACGCGCCUGCAGGAUUUGCAGACGAUGAACAAUCAACCGAUGAUGAAGAGCAUCGUAUCCUGGCUGAAAUCUUUGCGAUUGCACAAGUACAGCUGGGUCUUUAACAACCUGAACUACCAUCAGAUGUUGGAACUCACAGACGAGUCUCUGCAAGCCAUCGGUAUAACGAAGGGCGCCAGACAUAAGCUUCUACUGAGCAUAGCCAAAUUGAAAGAGCGCAGCGCAACGCUGACCGAAUUAGAGACAGAGGUGAUGAACGGCGCUGAUUUAUUAAAUGCACUCAAAAAGUUGAAAGCCAUUCUGCAAAGUCCGCUGCAGGUGUGCAACGGCGAAGAUUUGUCCACUCAAUUUGUAAAAGUUAUGGGAAAAGUUUGUACUCAGUUAUUGAUGCUCAGGCAACCGUUAGACGAGUGUCUUUCAUUAUUCUCAACCCUUUGCGAGAGAGCCGAGGUCUGCGACUCUUUUACCACCGAGCAGAAAAGGCGACUUGCUUUAUGGCGUGGACAGUUGGGCAAAGGCAAUGGAAAUCACAACUAUAAUGGAAAUAAUCAUUAUAGACAUGGGGGAGUCAAAUCGCAUCAACAACAACAACAGCAGCAGCAAUCACAAUUCCCGUCUCCUGCGGCCGCUGGCAGUGGGUUGUCGGGUUCCUCGUUGCUGUUGCAACAAGUGUACAACCACCACAAAUCAUCUUCGUAUCCAAACGUACAGAGCAAUCAGGUGAUUGGUGGUCACAGACACUCGAUUGGCAGCUUGAUGCAAACUUUCCAUCAACCGACGACGAUGACCAGUUUCAACAUCAACCCCCCACAACAACAACAACAACAAAAUCACUACCUUCUUCAGCCAAGCCAAAAUCAGCAGCAACAACAACAGCUUGCACCGCAGCCGCCGCAACUUCAUCACGUCCGAUUCCAGGAGGCUCACAGCAAAGAUAAAAUACUCACCAAAAGUCACGACAUUGAGAGCAGCCUGGAAUCGCUCUGUUUGCAAAUGAUGGAGCACGCUCUAGGGCCUUAAACUCGAUUAUAAUAUUCGCGUUUCUCUCCGCAAAGUAUAUAUUUUUGUAUGAACUACUCGCCCACCCGACUAAUAAUGAUGAAAUUGUUAUAUAUUUUUUAU